AGAAUGCAUCAACAAUCCACUCCACUCCAUCAGAGCAGGACAGAGGGGAUGGAUGAGAACUCUGUCAUGAUCUGAAGCAAUGUGCUGUUCAGCAGUGACGUCACACGUAUUCUGACGGUGCUGCUCAGGUCCAGAUGGCCCACAUCAAACACUCAUCAUCUGCCAACUCCUUCUUUACUUCUUCCUGAGAAACUUGAGUCAGCAGAUCUGCAGUAGAUGCGGAGGAAGUUGCUGAGGAACAUCUGUCGCGUCAGCGGACGAGAGCGUACAGAUGUUGACUGAACCUUCACGAAGUAGCUGGAGCGCUGGCUCUGGAGCGCAAACACCAGGGCUCGUCAGCCACCCGACACCCCUCCGCACCUCAAUAUGUGACAGUCCAGAGACAGGCGGGACACUCACCGGAAGCGGCGCAUCUGUCUGUGGAGACGAGUCCAGAGCAGAACCGCAUUCAGGGCGCUGAUGGAGCGACAGGACAAGGCGCUGAUAAAGAGUUUAGCAAAUGGAGUCGAGCUGCCCAGAGUGGCAGUUCGGUGACCGACAGCUCGGCAGCCAAUAAAGGUAAGCGCUUGUUUUACUCCAGCCAACAAGAUGAGACCUGAAGAAGAGGCGGGACCGCGCUCAACUUCCGGCCUUCGCCGAUAUCCUUCCGCCCGCGGACCCCAGCUGAUCCUGAGCUGUCACACAAAAUGAAUUACUCCUAUUAGUCCGCAAGUGUCACGUGAGGCCCUUCGACUCGACUUCUCCAUGCACGUUCGCCGAGGUCGAACCCGCAACGCUGGAGUGGCUAAUGUGGACGCUGACUGAAGUAACUGGUCCGGAGCGCACUGCUUUCUGCGGCUGUGGCGGAGGAACACGAUGUUUACAGUGAGGAGGGGGCGCGUGACUGCGCAGCACGUGCGCGGAGGAAUUACUUUCGCACGUUCUGCUUUGACAGCACGCGCACGCGCGACUCCCUCCCCCGCCGCGUGACGUCACUUGGUUUCUGUAGAUUACUGGUGGCGGAAACGGAAAUAGGCGGAGUCAAAGCGAGAGAGAAAAACAGAUCUACACGUGCUUCCCACUGGCGGGAAAUGUGCUCCAACUUCAUGCAACUGUCCUGCUAAACAGUCAUCUAUAUGUUUUUUUUUUACCGGGAAAUAAAAUAAAAUAAAGGUUCAAAGUCCAUAUGUGACACUUGACGGCCGCUCGCAUCUCUCUGCAGCAUCCUCAGUUUCCUGGCAACGUGUCAGGUCCAUGGAAACGGCAGGACCUCACCGCGAGUCACGGACCUGAUAGAGACAGUCAAUAAAAAACAAAACAAAUAAAAUAAAAUAAAAUAAAAUAAAAAGGACUCCGCGGCGUCCCAGUGGAAGAUGGAACGACACUGAAGUCCUGUGUCAUAUACAUAUGAUGUGGUACACAGGUUGACCACGCGAGGGCGACAUAGUUCGAUAAAUGUGAGCUUGUUUCCCCCUGCAGGGAGUGACACUCCUCUGAGAUGCUGAGAUAGAUCCAAUUCCUGUCUUAUACAAGAAUCUCUCAGUGAGGCUCCCACAUGACUGAAGCAUGAAACAAUCUGAAAACCGUUUCUUAAUGUGUAAGAGGGAGGAUGCUGCCUUGGAGCGAAAUCUCCGGGGGGAAAUGUGGAAAAGAGUUGGUCGCAACGGCAAUCCUUCACCCCUGCUUCACCAUUUGGGCCUAGUAUUUAGACUUUCUAUCGCUGUUGCUGCUCCUGCAGUGUUUGUAGUAUCGUCUGAGUGAAAGAGCGCGUAUGGGCCCACAGCCACCCUCAGCACUCGCCCACUGCAGCCCUCUCACUGUAGGGGCGACACAGCCAGGACCAGAAACCAGCAGAACACUGGUUUUCUAAAGCUACAUCAGGGGAGAUGUUUCAGCGCCAACUGUCUUUGAGAAUCAAACACUGGGCCGUCAGUGAAUGAAAGGAAAGUUUGUUGACAAAGCUCCACAUUAACAUGCAGCGCCCCCCGAACCCAAUAAAACAAACGCUCAUUGUGACUGUGCCCACAGUUUUAAUUACUGUCUGUGUGUGAGACACUGUGAGUGUGUGCCUGAAUGUACCUGGCUUAGCUACAAUUGUGAGGACCAAUUCUUGGAAACACAGCCACUUGUGAGGACAUUUUGCAUUGUGGGAACAUGUUUGUCAGACCCCACAAGGUUAAGCCUCAAUUUGAGGAUUGAAACUACAAAUAACUUGGUCAUUAUAACUGGGUUCCGGUUUGGUUCAGAGUCCUGGUUCAGGUGAGCCAUGUGUUUAGGGGGAGAGGCUGGGGAAAGGGUGAUUGCAGAGAAAGGUCCCCACAAUGUGUGAGUGUGUGAGUUCAGUGGGAUGAGAUAAGUUAUAAGCAAGUUGAUAAGUGACUGUCAUCGCUAACCAUCAGAGCCGAGUGGCCAGAGAUCCUGUCUCUGCCAACACUGUUGACAUCAUCAAUGAUGCAGCUGUUUGAUGAGAUUGAGAUAACAAUCAUCAUCAUUGAAUGUUGAUGGAAGAUGGAAAGAACUUAGUGAAUAUGAUAAUGAAGAUGAUGGUGGACCAAGAUUUUGUUUUGACUUUAUUUUCAAAAAAUCACAGAGAAACUCACAAACAAGAGUUUGUUUCCUCUGCCAAAAAUAAGCAUCACCGAGAGAAGAAAAGGACCAAGGUUUUAUUCUGUUCUAUUCGGCUGCGCAGAUGUUCUCGGUGCCGACACUGACACCUGCUGUCCAGGUAGGGAACAGCAGGCGGACGGUGCGCUCAUGAAGCACUGAGCUUCUCGGUCUCUGGCGUCACAACUGUGGUCAGCUGGUCUCCAUGGUGGUCUUCCUCACCAGGGACCUGGAAGAAGAGCAAGCUGCGUGUUUGUAUCAGGCAUCUCAGUCGAGUAUAGAGCUGCUCAGGUCUGUGUGACUCGGAACUCUGACCUCCCAGUAGAUCCCGUCCUCAUAGCAGAUGGUGUCUGGAGGUGCCCCGAAGACAGGAAGCUUCAAGAUGAACCCUAAGAGAAGAGUAGUUUAAUCGAGGCUGAUUUGGUUCUGAUGUGGUUCUGACAUGGGCCUGGUCCAGCAUCCAUACCGACGAUGAGGCCCCCCAGGAGGGCGAUGCCCAGAGUGACCGCCAGAGAGAUAGCCUGUCUCACUCCCUGGUAAGACGCUGUGAUGUCACCGCUUGCCACGUCAGGAAAUACGUCUGAGAGUCUGAAAACAGAGCACGGUCACAUGACUCACCUGGAAGCCUAUCACCUGUCCUGUCAUGGGAUCCUCUUACCCCCCUCCGUAGAUGUCUUUUGUCGCAAAGGCCGCCGUCACUGCACCAAUAAUGGCACCGAGAACACCAGGCAUCCCAUGAAGAUUGUGGACCCCACAAGUGUCCUGGACUUUCAUCUUCUCCUCCAGGACAGGCUGAGAGGAGGAGGAGGAGCGAUGAGGAAGAGUGGGAUGAAGAGGGGCAUGAUGAUGUCAUACCGAAAGGUAUUUGAAUCCAAGCACUGAGAUAAUUCCUGCCAGAAAUCCAACGAUCAUGGAGCCGAACGGGGUCAACAUCAUCUCACCGGCUGUUCCCGCGGCAACGCCUCCUGCUAGAGCUGCGUUCUGGAUGUGGACCUGAGGGAGCAGAGGAGAUGGAGGAGAAGGGAAUUAAGUUGUGAUGGAUGAAGAAGAAGAGAGGAGGAAGAGCAAGGUUGGUUCCUUGAGCUCAUCAAACUGCGGAGGGUUGGAACCACCAUGACUGACCAUGUCCAGCUUGCCAUCGUGAGCGGUCAGUGCUGACAUGGCGUAAGAGGACAGAGUGCAGGCGGCCAGGGAGUAGUAGGUGUUUAGUGCCGUGCGGUGCUGGUCAUCUCCGUGAGCUGUGAUGGCUGAGUUGAAACUGGGCCAGAACAUCCACAGGUAGAUGGUUCCUGCAGGGGGAGACACCAAACUCAUGUCAUGUCGGCUCACGCGGUCAGUAGAUCCACACUUACCGAUCAUGGCGAAGAGGUCCGAGUGGUAGACCGAGCUGUUCCGAUGUUUGCUCUUGUCCAGGUUGGGCCGGUACAGAACCCGGGUCACCAUCAGGCCAAAGUAGGCCCCAAAGGUGUGGAUGGUCAUAGAGCCACCGGCGUCACGGGCCUGAAACCCAGUCCAGAGUCAAGAAAGACUUGGAGAAGUAGGUUCUGAGAGGGAGAGUGGGACUCACCCCGAGAGAAGACAACAGGAUGAACUCGUUCACAGCAAACAGCGUGACCUCGAACAUGGCCAUGAUCAGCAGCUGGACCGGACUGGUCUUCCCCAGAACCGCUCCGAAUGAGAUAAGGACAGCGCCAGUGCAGAAGUCUGCGUUUAUCAUGCUGGAGGGGGACAAACAGCUGACCUUUGAUCUACUGAGGUCUGGAAAUAUGAAGAGUGACAUGGACUGACCUCUCCACACCGAUAUGGAUCUUGCCUCCAUGCAUCCCAUGGAAGAACCCCUGCAUCAGCGUGGCCCACUGCAGCGCGAAGGCGGCGAUGAGGAAGUUGAAGCCCACGCUGCUGAAGCCGUAGCGCUGCAGGAAGGUCAUGAGGAAGCCGAAACCGAUGAAGAUCAUGACGUGCACAUCCUGGAAACCUGUGACAGGUCACAUGGAGACAAACUCAAACCUACUGCACCAACUUCUGUCGCCACCGUCAUGACGCCCCGUGCAGGUGAGUCCUCAUUUAACAAUGAAAGAAUUUGUGGUUUUAAAAUGUUUCCACUUCUCUAACCCUGGUUUACCUCAGCAGCCCUUCCUCACCUCCUUUUCUUUACUCUCCUGAGGCCUCAUAGAAGUCUAGUGUGUUGCCAUGACGACGCCUCGCUGGCAGUCACCCGGCGAGGUGUCCCAGAUCGUGAGCGUGAGAUUGGGGACAACACAGAGGGACAGUGAGGGUGUUUGUUUCAUCUGACAGUGGAGAGGUUGGUUCCGAUCCGACGGGAUCUCUGACCAGCACUGAGUUGACACAAGCUAUGACUUGAUCUCAAGUUCCUCCAGCAUCAGGCAGCAGAACCUGGUGGUGUUGCUCCAAGAGCUGGCAGUGCGGAUGUGUAUCUGCCCCCUGGCACUCAGCUCCCGUCACGUCAUGUGACUUAGAAGGCCACCCAACAUCAGUGUUUAUCAGAUCCGAUCCCUCAGAGUCAAGCACUUAUCGGUGAAACAUCUACGUGAGAAUGUGAGCGUCUCACUUCAAACGCAAUGCUGCUGGGCGUCUCAGUCACCACCUGACUGGAUGACAAGAUUACAGAGGGUCACUGGUCGCAUGGGGACGGUGUUGAACCCUCAACUCACUCCUCACUUCUGUAAGUGGCGACGAUCGAUCACCGCAGUUGACUGCAGGUGGCGAUCAAGACCUGACCCAAGGCGCUGUGUGUCUCAGCCAAACAGAAAGAAAUUCAAUAUUCACAUGAGUGAGACUCUGUGGUACUUGUCAAACAUACAAUACGACAAGCCCUGUGGGGGGUGUUAGACGGGUCUUCCUUAAAUUCAGUGACUGACUUUUCACAACCAAUCACACACACAUACACGCACACACAUUCAAAACACACACAUGCACACAUGCAUCCAUAAGAGAAGACUUUCAUCACCCCACACACACUCACACUGUAACCUGCUCACUCACUUGGGUAACGGAAGUAGAAGUCGUUCUGGAUAUCCCCGUGUGUGUGGUUGUGCCACGCCCGGGCGUCGGUCUCAUCGUCGUACUGCACCAACGUGCCGAAGAGGAUGAUUAGGAUGAUCUCCAGGAUGAAGCAGGUGGCCGGAAGCUUCAGCCGCAUGUUGGUGGAUGUGUCCGCCAUGGCACCUUCCCAACAGUGUGACUACGGGUUGGAGGUCUGAAGAUGUCACACACACUCACACACGCCUGGUCUGUGCAGACACACACUCUCAGAUGAUCCUGUGCUGCUCAGUGUGUGAGACCUGAACAUCUCCGCUCCAGUUUUGUCACCGAGCACACCUCCAUAACUCCACCUCCCACAGUAACUCCUCCCCUCAGUGGGCGCCUCAGUGGCUCCUCCCCCUCACAGACCCCCCUACUGAGGCCUUGUCAUUUAAACUUGUUAUUUUGAGAACUUUUCUCCAGGUGAUUGCAAACAUCCUCAGUUAGAGUGAUGAACCAUCAAAUCCCAUUCAUCUCCAACACUUCUUCUCUCAGUACAAAUAGGAAGUGACAUAAACCGUUGGAUGAACCAUGUGAUUCAAGGAUUGUCGACGUGGUGCUGGCGACGACUGCCGACGCCAGGAGCCAUCUCAGAAAUGUAAACAUGUUUGGCAGUCACGUGGAAGAUCAGCAUCUUCAUCAUCUACAUUCCAGUGCGGUGUCAGGGCCUGGCAGGGCUCCUGGCAGGGCUGGGAUGGAUCCAGCAGGUCAGCUGCAGGUGCUGACCACUGUUGGCCAGAGCACUGCCGGGGAGGUGAUGACAGUCUCUGUAGUUCAGCUCUUCUCAUGGUGAAGGACCAACAGAACCGCAUCAUGUGAUCACAGUCUUCAUCUUCACCUGUCACAUGACUAGAUCUUGUCAGGCCAUCGGAGGUCCGAUAACAGAUCAUGCCGCCGGCGUUAGGUGGACCAGACCGGACCUGCCGGUUACAUCAGCAGAACAUUCCUACAGGAGCCUCACACUCAGACAUGGUCCACUACCAUCAGAACCAAAACACACCUGUCAAUCACCAAGAGGAGCUGACAGAGCUGUGAGACACACACACACACUCACAGAGGCACCGCACUGUUUGCCAGGCAACAGCAUCUCUGAGUGUUGAGGGAUAGAGCUGGGAUUGGAACCUGCUUCCAGCAGGACUCAAAUUUCCACGGAGAGAUUUCGUUCCGGAGAAUUCAGGUGACAAAGCCACGAAGCACAGGGAGAGCAAAUAUUUGAAGAGAUGUCCUUCAGGACCAGGCUGCAGGCUUUCAAGCGGACCUGGACCAGUCGGGUCGGUCUGUCGCUGAUAGGAUCUUGAAACAGAAAGAUAAACCACAUUCCUGCUGUUGUUCCCCCUGCAGCAGUCCGCCCCGGAACACUCCUCAUCAUAAAUGUCGCAAAGCAAACUCCAGCUGCCCCGAGACCGAGGCUCUGGUGUCACGACAUAUCCAUGAAGCCCAUCACUCAUCAUUCAUCAUGCUCUGACGCUCAAGGAAACACUUUCAGUUGCAUUCAGUGCAGAGGGAUCCUGCUCUUGACUUUCUCCAGCUCCUGGCACUGACCUGUGACUUUCUCCAGCUCCUGGCUCUGACCUGUGACCUCCCCGUGCCCCUGGCUCUGAUCUGUGACGUCCUCCAGCUCCUGGCUCUGACCUGUGACUUCCCCCUGCUGCUGGCUCUGACUGUGACACCCUCCUGGCUCUGAUCGACGGCAUCUUCCUGGACUCAUCUGUCACAUAUGGCCCCUUCCCCGCACAAAAACAGUGCACCAGCAGCCUCUAGUGGUCACAACAUCAGAAAUGAAUGUCCUCCAGGAGACGGGUUACAGGGGAACAAUGGUGGCUGUGAUGAAGCUCAUCAACAUCUGGACAACAACGAUUGUUCGUCUGUCAGACCACCUGACUGGAGGGAGGAGAGAGAGCGAUGACCUGGCACCACCAGCUGAUCGUCCUGAGUUCGCUCUGCAGCAGGACCAGAUCAUCGCCGUCGCUAUGGCCGUCUGAGGUUCUCCCCCAAGGUUCUCUGCAUUCUUCUCCACCAGCUGCAUUGCUCUCUGAGUCCUUAAGGUUCUGACUCUUCUGGUCCGUGCUGCUGGAGAGCCACAUCAACCUUCGCAUAACAGUGUUUGUUUACGUCCAAGAGUCGACGAUAAGCCGAGACACUUUGCCAUGACAGCGCAAACCCUGACUCUUCUUUGCUGCCUCUGGUGGUUGUCUGUGCCGCCCACAACAAGCACUGAAGCAGGCAGAAAGCUGCAGUACCUCAUUGAGCCUCCGCACCAGGUGGAGGUGACAGCUCAUCGUGGUGAAGCCGUCGUCCUGCCGUGCAUCCUCAGGUUAAGGCCCGCCCACUACAACAUCAAGUGGACCAAGCAGGAGGGGGCACCGGUGGGACUGGAGAACAUUGUUAUGAUUGCCAACGCACGCUCAUUCAAGCCUUACGGCCAGUUCAGGUCGCGGGCGUCUCCGCGGCGAGCACACGUGAUGGACGCGUCACUGGUCCUCAGUGAGCUGCAGCUGGAUGACGGCGGCUUGUACCGCUGCGAGCUCAUCAACGGUAUCAUGGACGAGAGUGUCACCGUCACGUUGACCAUCACAGGUGUGGUCUUCCCGUACCAGGGUCAGAAGGGUCGUUACUCGCUGACCUUCCAGGAGGCUGCCACGGCGUGUGCCGAGCAAGACGCCGUGCUGGCGUCGUACCAGCAGCUCUACCAAGCCUGGACUGAAGGUCUGGACUGGUGCAAUGCUGGCUGGACUCACAAUGGCAGCGUCCACUACCCGAUCCUGCAGCCACGGCCCGGCUGUGGCGACGAGCCAGUACCUGGUAUCCGCAGUUAUGGACCGAAAGACAAGCAACGAGACCACUAUGACGCCUUCUGUUUCACCUCGGCCACACCAGGUUCUGUUUUCUUUGCACCCGGGUCCUUCUCCUUCCAGCAGGCAGAACCAGCGUGCUUGCACCUGGGAGCCCAGCUGGCACUAGUGGGCCAGCUGUAUUCGGCGUGGCGCUUCCAGAACCUGGACCAGUGUGAUGGCGGCUGGCUGAGGGAUGGCAGCGUGCGGUAUCCCAUCAGACGUCCCAGAAAACGCUGCGGCGGAGUUCCAGGUGCAGGAGUUCGAUCAUUUGGGUUUCCAGACCAGAAGAAGCAUCUGUACGGUGCUUACUGCUACAGACCCUGA